AUGAAAUUAAUUAUUAGUUGUAUUUUAAUUGUAGCCUUGUUCCAUUUGGCAUCUGCCAAGCGUUCGAAUAAUAUUCCAACAUGCCGUGACUUGGGAGAGGAUGAGUGUAGAGCUUCAGAUUCGUGUUUUCUGGCAAAGGGCAAAGAGUGUUGUGGCAGUGUCCAAGUUGAUUGUCUGAGAGUCCCACCAACAUUGUGUAACACCAAUGCCACACGUCUGAGAUGGUGCACAAUGGGCAAAAAGAACCAGAUCUUUGAGUACUUUGCCAACCAUAUCGAUUGUCUCCCAGAGAAUAACCGUGACUUCUUCAUUCCAAAUGACAAGACAUGCAAGGACAUUAAGGGCUGCCCAGACAAGUUCAAGUGUUUGGACCCAAAUCCAAAGGAGGAUAUUAGAUGCAAGAACAAGAACGGUAGCAUGUGCUGCAACUACAAGUCCAUGUGUGUCUACACUGGUAUCUCUGCUACUGCCGGAACCCCCACUACUACAAUUCCAACGAUUGAUUCAUCGUCCGCUCCAACCAUCGAUCCAAUUCUUUCGAUCAACAUCUCCACCUCGACCACACCAGUGAGCAAGCCAACACCAUUGAUCCCACCAGCAUCUACCCCAGCCACCAAGCCAGCCGUCCCAAUCACCAAGCCAGCCGUCCCCAAGUCAACACCCAAGCCAGCCACCAAGCCAUCCUCGCCCUUUAAAAUCACUCCACUGAACCCCAAGAGCUCCACACCAGCCGCCUCGACUGAUCCAGCUGCCGGCUCCGCCUCGGGCACACCAAUCGUGAUCCCAGCAUCUGCUCAACCAGGCUCUUCCGAGGCCCCAGAGCCCAAGUCCUCAGCUGCUCCAUCUACAACCCCAGCCAGUGAGGCACCAGCCAGCGAGACAACAAGCGAGGCGCCAGCCAGUGAGACAACAAGUGAGGAACCAAUCAGUGAGGCACCUACCAGUGAGGCAACAAGCGAGGCACCAAUCAGUGAGGCACCAACCAGUGAGGCAACAAGCGAGGCGCCAGCUAGUGAGACUACCAGCGAGGCACCAACCAGUGAAGCAACAAGCGAGGCACCAACCAGUGACACAGCUGCCAGUGAUACUACAGCCCAAGAUUCAGCUGGCGCAUCUGAGUCCUUC